AUGCUGAAGAAAAUUUGGGAAAAAUUAUCUGAAUCAAUGAAAUAACUUUACGAUUGGAUUGAACAGGAAUACUUUAAUAUUAUCAACUUAGGUACAAAUCUAGCAGAAUCUUCAUAUGCUAACUUAGAGAAAUUUAGUCUAUAUUGUUAUUGGAACAAAAUUAAACGAUUUAAAUGGUGA